CCACCGCCACUGCCGGGAGCUCCAUGGGCUUCUCCUGGGCGCCGCCGGGUGUCUGGCCGAGACCAGGGAGCCGCGGCGCCUCGUGCCCGGGAGCCAUCGCUGCAGCCCGAGGCCGCGCCCCGGGCCGGGGACGGCAGGAGGAGGCGACGGCGGCUGCGGCGGGAGCCUCACUAGGGGCCUGGGACUGGGGAACUGCCUCCGACUUCACGAUGCCAGCAUGGACAGAAUAGCUUACGAUGCUCAUCCCAACCCACCACUUCCGAGACAUUGAGCGGAAGCCAGUGUAUCUCCAGCCAGAGAAGUGCGUCCCGCCCCCCUACCCCGGUCCUGCGGGAACCAUGUGGUUUAUCCGCGACGGCUGCGGCAUCGCCUGUGCCAUCGUCACCUGGUUUCUGGUCCUCUACGCGGAGUUCGUGGUCCUCUUCGUCAUGCUGAUCCCGUCCCGAGACUACGUGUACAGCGUCAUCAACGGGAUUCUGUUCAACCUGCUGGCCUUCCUGGCCCUGGCGUCCCACUGUCGGGCCAUGCUGACGGACCCCGGGGCCGUGCCCAAAGGAAACGCCACUAAAGAGUUCAUCGAGAGUUUGCAGCUGAAGCCGGGCCAGGUGGUGUACAAGUGCCCCAAGUGCUGCAGCAUCAAGCCCGACCGAGCGCACCACUGCAGUGUUUGCAAGCGGUGCAUUCGGAAGAUGGACCACCACUGUCCCUGGGUCAACAACUGCGUGGGCGAGAACAACCAGAAGUACUUCGUCCUGUUUACAAUGUACAUCGCGCUCAUCUCCCUGCACGCGCUCGUCAUGGUGGGACUCCACUUCCUGCGCUGCUUCGAAGAAGACUGGACAAAUCUCCUGCAAGCCUACGGACUGGCCAGGGAAGCAGCGGCAGGCGCCCAACUCUCCCUCCUUGAAAAAGAGCAGCCCCUUACAGUCAGCCCCGCAGAGUGCAGCUACUUCUCGCCACCCACCACGGUGAUCCUGCUCAUCCUGCUGUGCUUCGAGGGGCUGCUCUUCCUCAUCUUCACGUCGGUGAUGUUCGGGACGCAGGUGCACUCCAUCUGCACGGACGAGACGGGCAUUGAGCGCCUCAAACGAAAGCACCAGCCCAGGGAGCACCAGGGCAGCUGGGAGACAGUCCGGGAGACAGUCCGGGAGACCUUCGGCGGGGACUUCUCCCCGAACUGGUUCAACCCCUUCUCCGGCCCGUGCCACCCAGAGCUGCUCAACGACGGGGGCUGGGUGCGGCAGGCGGAAUCCUUGUCGGGCCACGGGGAAACGUCGUCGGAGCGGCUGCAGGAGAGUAAGUCCGAGGACUCGGCGGAGGUGACAGACGAAUGAUGCUGCCGCGGGGAGGAGUCGCCGUCGACCCGCUCGUGGGCACGACGCAGCCCCCGCUCCCCGAGCUUCCCGUGCGCCAACCCCGGGCACUGCCAUCCGCGGCCCUCCUUCCUCUCCCCACGUGGGGCCAGGUCUGCGGAUGGGGGAGGGGGCCGGGGUGACAGAGGAGGACAAGAGGCUGUCUCUGAGUUCAUCUAAGAAGGGUGUCCGGAGCGGGACUGCCUGGAGCCGCUCUCCCCGCCCGCGCGCCCCUCAGCCUCGCCCAGCAGAGGGGGCUCGGGGCGGGGCAGCCUGGGGCAGCUAAGAACUUGCCUUUGGUUUCCUCGGGACGCUGCGAGCAGGGCCCAGCCGCUCCCUGCAGAGAGCGCCCCCUGCUGCCCGCCCAGGGCAGGGCACAGGCCCGGCGGCCCCAGCUCUCUGCAAGGAAGGGCCAGCGGGUCCCCACGCCCACACGAUGCCCACGGGUUCGAGUUACGACAGGGGCACCAAACUUGGCUCCCGUCCCCUGGACCCGGAGCCGUCACCGGGUCCUGCCUUGAGGCUAGUCUGUUGUCCCUUCACAGGUGGGGGGCGGGGGGCCCCAUGUAGGGCUCCCGGGGAGUCCCCGGCCUGUCCCACGGGCACUUCGUUGUACUCGCCCACCUGAAGGAAGUCGCACCACCCACGGGCCGGAACUGACCGGGAACCUGGCCUGUGUCUCAGUUCCCUUCUCCCGAGAUCGCGCCCCUCUUGUCUCUGGGCAGGCGGGCGGGGGCCAGGGCCUGCACGUCGGUCAGCCAGGCAGACAGACCAACCUGCCCCGACCCCGGACACUAUCAGGAGGCCGGGACUCUGGUCACCCCAUGAAGCCUGGAGGCCUGAGCAGGGGGUGGCCCGCCUCAGUGGCCGCUGGGAAAGCAUCUUCUGCACGGAGGGGUUCCC